AUGGCUAUGAAGAAGAUGAUGGGUCACGUGCUUUCUUUGUUGGUUUUUGUGUUGUGUUGGGCCUAUGGGUGUGCGUCUGCGACAGCUGUCUCUCAACCUGCACUGCAACAAUCUGGUCAACCAUUAGGUGAGCAAUCCGAUCUUUAUCCAGGUGUGCGUGGUAUGAAUUCUGCGGCUGACACCCGUAAAGCUGGUGUUGAUCCUGAUCCUCCUAAGGAAAAGGAUAAAUACACUCCUAAUGUGACUGUUCGUAUCCCUGGUUUAAACGAAGCGCCCACUACUACUUCUGGUGUUGCUUUUCCUGGGUGUUCCACAGAGACGACUGUAGACGGUAAGGGAAGAAUCGUUGGUGAGGCCGGUGUUACUUGUGUUCCUGCUGUUCCUGGCUCUGUUGGUCCUCGUCGUGGUGACCCGCCUGCAAAUUCGACGACCCUCACGGCUGGUGUUGAUAAAAUCGUCAACAACCUUACCCAUCCUAAUGGUACAGCACUUGAAUCAGAGCGUAAUGCUGCACAUGGAUCCGUUUCUUUUGAUGCUUCUAAGUUUCCGGCACCUACUAAUGUUGUUCCACCCAAUGCUUCUGACCCUCCUCAUGGUUCUAAAUUUCCCGGUGUUUCUGGUGCUGUUCCUAUUGUUCAUAAUAAAACUGAUAUUCCUGAAUAUCCUGGUGUGCCUGAAGGUGCUAUUAAUAUUGGCAAUGGCAGCAGUGAAGCGGGUCGUGUUCGGUUUUCUCGUCCUGUUCCUCAUGCCACGGAUGCUGAUUCCCACAGUAAUGCAGAUUCCUCAGAUACUACAAGCACUCAAACUGGAGAGAAUAAUAAUCAGGAAAGGAAUACUGUAGCACCUCCACAGAGUGAAUCAGCAGCGCGCACCCCCAAUACACCAACUAAGGUGACGCCACCCGCAAUGCCAACAAUACUGCAACCUCCUAUGCCUGAAAAGAGCGAGACCAAACCACCCAAGAAGCGUAAGGAAGACAGCAGCAGUGUUAGUCCUGUGUGGGUACGUCUGCCCCUACUGAUUGUGGCUGUGUUGUUCUCUGCUACCAUGUACUGA